GAGAGGCAGGAAGCCACAGUGCAGAGCGGCAAUGCGUAGGACUUGUCCCUACAUGUGAGAGAAACGCUGGGUGGCUAAAGAAGCCCAUGCCCAUGGAGGGGCCCGUGUGCCUGGUGGGGAACGGCGCCGAUGGGCAGCUGGAGGUGAACCCUGCGGCACUGGAGAUCCUGUCUGGCGUGGCCCAGCCCGUGGUGGUGGUGGCCAUCGUGGGGCUGUACCGCACCGGCAAGUCUUAUCUCAUGAACUCCUUGGCCGGGAAGCAGAGAGGGUUCUCGCUGGGUUCGACGGUGCAGUCCCACACCAAGGGCAUCUGGAUGUGGUGCCUGCCCCACCCCCACCCCUGCCGGGCCGGCCACACCCUGGUGCUGCUGGAUACCGAGGGGCUGGGCGACGUGGAGAAGGGCGACACCAAGAACGACGUGUGGAUCUUCGCGCUGGCCGUGCUGCUCAGCAGCACCCUGGUCUACAACAGCAAAGGGACCAUCGACCAGUACGCCAUGGAGCAGCUGCACUUCGUGUCGGAGCUGACGGAGCACAUCAAGGUGAAGGCGCGGAGAGGGGACGACGCAGAGGAGGACACCGAGUUCGUCCGCUUCUUCCCCAGCUUCGUGUGGGCCGUGCGGGAUUUCACGCUGGAGCUGAGGAUCGAGGGGCAGCUGGUGACGGAGGAUCAGUACCUGGAGCACGCGCUGGCCCUGAGGAAAGGUAACAGCAAGAAGGUGAUGGACUACAACCUGCCGCGGCAGUGCAUCCGCAGCUUCUUCCCCACCCGCACGUGCUUCGUGUUUGUCCAGCCGGUGUCGCGGCAGGAGAUGGGCCAGCUGGAUUCGCUGCCCACCAGCGCCCUGGACCCGCAGUUCCUGGAGCAGACCCGCCGGUUCUGUGACUACGUCUUCCAGUGCUCGAACAUCAAGAUGGUCAAAGGAGGGAUUCCGGUCAACGGGCGAAGGUUCGGCGCCUUAGUCCGGAGCUACGUGGACACCAUCCGCAGCGGGCAGGUGCCCUGCCUGGACAACGCGGUGACCACCAUGGCUGCCAUCGAGAAUGAGGCGGCCCUCAGGGAGGCGCUGGCUCACUACGCGGCCGGGAUGGAAGGGCUGCAGCUGCCGUCGGAGCUGGACGAGCUCUUGGCAGCGCACGGGACGUGCGAGGCGGACGCCCUGCGACUUUUCAUGCAGCGCUCCUUCAAGGACGAGGAGCAGGGCUUCCAGAAGCAGCUAGUGGCCGGGAUCACGGAGCGAUACGCAAACAUCCUAGCAGAAAACGAGGCCGUUUCGGAGCAGACCUGCCGUGUCCUGCUGGAUGAGCUCUCGGCCGCCAUGCAGCAGAAACUCAGCACCGGGCUUUACUCCCAGCCUGGCGGGUACCAGGCCUACGACAGGGACCAGAACCAGGUGGUAGAGAAUUACCGAGCCAAGCCCAACAAAGGGGUCAAGGCGGAGGAGGCUCUGGAGCAAUUCCUGGCCAGUAAGAAGGCGGAGGCGGAGGCUGUGCUGAAGGCCGACAACCUGCUGACUGAGGCGGAGAAGCACGUGGCCGAGGAGAAGCAGAAGGCAGAGCUGCUGGAGCAGCAGCGGAAGGCAGCAGAGGAGAAGCAGCUGCAGACGGAGCAGCUGAUGAAGGACCAGGAGCGCAGCCACCAGGAGAACGUGAAGCAGCUGGAGGCCAAGGUGGCGGAGGAACUGGCCAGUGCCCGGCAGGAGGCAGAGCGGGCACUGCAGAGCAAGCUGAAGGAGCAGGAGGCCAUGCUGCAGAAGGGCUUCGCGGAGAAAGCCAGGCUGAUGGAGGACGAGAUCUCAGGCCUCCGGCGGGAAAUCAGCUUCGCCAACAGGACUGAAUCUUUGUCAGACCUUUUGGGCACCAUCAGGGAGGGGCUGAGAGCCGUCGCCAGUGUGUCAGAUUAUCUGAGAUCCAGGCGCCAGCGGGGGAAAGGGACGAGUAACCCAAGUAAAACCUCGAGACCAAAGUAGCCGGGCCCCUGUGGGGUCCCCCCCGGCAGCAAAUCCCACAAAUGCUGCUUCUCUGCACAAUCGAAAGCUUCUGCUGACUAAUUCCUGUGAUCUGCCACAUCCCACAGCUACUAACACAGGGCCUGGAGCUGUCUGCAAAAGGAAAUCACAGGGCACCUGGGUUUUGUCCUCAGCUCUAGGAGGAGAGCAGGGUCUAGUGGUCAGAGCAGGUGGGCUGGGAGCCAGGAUGCCUGGGUUCUGUCCCCAUCUCCUGCACUGUAAUUCUGUGAACCUUUGUGCUGAUCACAUCACUGUUCCAUGCCUCAGUUUCCCCUUUGUGAAAUGAGGAUCUUCCCUCUGGGUGCAGAGGACGAAGGGUUGUUUGUCUGUUAGAUGCUGAGCGGAUGGUGCCCUCUACACGCAGUGUUAAAAUGCAGAGCCCCCCGGACCGGUGGCCAGAACCCAGGCAGCGUGAGUGCCACUGAAAAUCAGCUCACGUGCCGCCUUCGGCCCGUGUGCCAUAGGUUGCCAACCCCUGUCCUAGAUGUUCCCUGAGCUACUCACAUAUCUGGGGUUCAAUGAGUAGUUUCUAGGUGUGAUACCAGGGACUUUUCAUACCUGCCUCCAGCUUCUUACAGCAUCAAUGGGCCUUGGCCCCUUUCCCCGGGAGAACAACAGACCGACCAAAGGGGAGUCUUUGUUCAAUUUUAAAAAGUUUGAGCCUUCCCAUUGGCUCUUUUGGCUGGCUGCCCACACCCGCCUUCGUCAUGGCGAGGCCCCUUUCCCAGCGAGCCGCUUCUCAUCUCCUGAGCCACUUCCCGAGCUCAGCACCCUCCCCAAAGCCUGUCCUGCUGGGUGCCACGUCCUUUGAAUCUGUUCUUUUCAAGGCCUUCCCGUGGCUGUUACACCCAGCUAGUUGCAACAGGGGGCAGCAGGGACCAGUGCUGCCGAUGCUCAUGAGUGGAAUCGUUUUCCUUAAAGCCCCAGCUCCUGGAGUCAGGUGGGCCUGGGCUGGUUUCAGCCUUAAAGAGAAAGGAAGCUUUGAACCCUUGUGGCUGUGGAGAAAGCUACAAAAUGUGACCCCCGGGCACCCUAAUGACUCAAAGAUCAGACAGCAAAUAACAAGCCCCCAGAUCUCAUAUCUUUACAUAAUCUCAUGAUUUUAAAACCAAUCUCAUGAUUUCUGAGGACCCUGACUCGCAAUUAAGGAUACAAUUCUGUCGCAGGCAGAGGUCACAAAUUCCAGGACUUUCCGGGACCUCCAGGAUGUCUUUGGGGGCAGGGCUGGAGCAGCUGUCAGACCCGGAGCAGUGGCCAGAGUUGGGUCAGCCCCCCUGGGCCUGGAGCAGUGGGGCGGCGGGAGCAGCUUCAAUUCCCGGCAAUGCUCUCACAGGAUGUGACCCAGGGAAUUCAGACCAUUAAUACGGGGAACUGCAGGCACCAGUGAAAAGCCCCUGGCCAGUCGGGUUCAGGAUCACAAGCCCUUGUCACACAUCUCAGUACUAACCGAGAUCCCAGCACAGGCGCAGCCGUUACAGGCCCGGCUGGGAAAAGCCUCACGAGGGAUGCGGCCAAGGCAAACGGGUUCGGUGAAUGUUCCUGCCCUGGGUCGGAAGGAAGUGGGUCGAAACAUUCGGCUCUAGCAACUGUACCCGGCUUUCUGUUCGGCCAGUGACUGUGGGGGAUGUUAAAUACCAGAUGCUAAAGUUACACAUCUCUAAAUCGGCAGGACCGGGUACCCUGUACGGAAGAGUUGCAAAAGAAUUGGCCAAGGAGCUAUUUGAACCAUUGAUGUUGAUAUGCAACAAAUCUUGGCAUUCAAAGGAGGUCCCAGAGGACUGGUGUGAUGGAGUAGGGGCUGUCUGUGUGGGGAA